UUUCGGCCACCGUCUGCCCCUUCUUUUUGAGCGCAUGCGCACUGCCGGGGCGUCAUCCAGUUCUCCCUCAGGAAGGACGGACGUUGGUGUUGGGGGAGAAUAUAACUAUCAUGUCUUCCGGUGCUUUGCCAAAACCUCAGAUGCGUGGCCUUCUGGCCAGGCGUCUGAGAAUUCAUAUUGUUGGAGCCGUACUUGUAUCCCUGGGGGUUGCAGCUUUCUAUAAGUUUGGUGUAGCUGAACCAAGAAAGAAGGCAUAUGCAGAUUUCUACAGAAAUUAUGAUUCCAUGAAAGAUUUUGAGGAGAUGAGGAAGGCUGGUAUCUUUCAGAGUACAAAGUGAUCUUGGAAUGUAAAGAAUUUCUUUGGGUUGAAUUCCACUGAAGUUUGUUGCUGACCUAUAUUCCUGAACUCUAUGAAACAUGAAUAUUUGAGCUAAGGAAUAGUUUCUCUUGAUAAAUAAACAAUGAAAUACUGUGGA